AUGGUAAUAUGUUACUACUAUUAUAGGGAGGGGGUAAUAUGUUACUAUUAUUAUAGGGAGGGGAUAUUAUAUUAUAGGGAGGGGGUAUUACAUUAUAUUAUAGGGAGGGGGUAUUACAUUCUAUUAUUAUAGGGAGGGGGUAUUACAUUCUAUUAUAUUAUAGGGAGGGGAUAUUAUAUUCUAUUAUAUUAUAGGGAGGGGGGUAUUACAUUCUAUUAUAUUAUAGGGAGGGGAUAUUAUAUUCUAUUAUAUUAUAGGGAGGGGGGUAUUACAUUCUAUUAUUAUAGGGAGGGGGUAUUACAUUCUAUUAUAUUAUAGGGAGGGGGUAUUACAUUCUAUUAUAGGGAGGGGGUAUGAUAUUCUAUUAUUAUAGGGAGGGGGUAUUAUAUUCUAUUAUUAUAGGGAGGGGGUAUUAUAUUCAUUAUUAUAGGGAGGACUAUUAUAUAUUAUAGGGAGGGGUAUUAUAUUCUAUUAUUAUAGGGAGGGGGGUAUUACAUUCUAUUAUAUUAUAGGGAGGGGAUAUUAUAUUCUAUUAUAUUAUAGGGAGGGGGGUAUUACAUUCUAUUAUUAUAGGGAGGGGGUAUUACAUUCUAUUAUAUUAUAGGGAGGGGGUAUUACAUUCUAUUAUAGGGAGGGGGUAUGAUAUUCUAUUAUUAUAGGGAGGGGGUAUUAUAUUCUAUUAUUAUAGGGAGGGGGUAUUAUAUUCUGUUAUUAUAGGGAGGGGCUAUUAUAUUCUGUUAUUAUAGGGAAGGGGUAUGAUAUUCUAUUAGUAUAGCGAGGGGGUAUUACAUUCUAUUAUUAUAGGGAGGGGGUAUGAUAUGCUAUUAUUAUAGGGAGGGGGUAUUAUAUUCUAUUAUUAUAGCGAGUGGGUAUUACAUUCUAUUAUUAUAAGGAGGGGGUAUUAUAUUCUGUUAUUAUAGGGAGGGGUAUGAUAUUCUAUUAUUAUAGGGAGGUGGUAUUAUAUUCUAUUAUAGGUAGGGGGUAUUACAUUCUAUUAUUAUAGGGAGGGGGUAUGAUAUUCUAUUAUUAUAGGGAGGGGGUAUUAUAUUCUAUUUUUAUAGGGAGGGGAUAUUACAUUCUAUUAUUAUAGGGAGGGGGUAUGAUAUUCUAUUAUUAUAGGGAGGGGGUAUUACAUUCUAUUAUUAUUAUAGGGAGGGGGUAUGAUAGUCUAUUAUUAUAGGGAGGAGGUAUUACAUUCUAUUAUUAUAGGGAGGGGGUAUUAUAUUCUAUUAUUAUAGGGAGGGGGUAUGAUAUUAUAGGGAGGGAUAUGAUAUUAUUACAUUCUAUUAUUAUAGGGAGGGGGUAUUACAUUCUUUUAUUAUAGGGAGGGGGUAUGAUAUUAUUAUAGGGAGGUGGUAUUACAUUCUAUUAUUAUAGGGAGGGGGUAUGGUAUUAUUAUAGCGAGGGGGUAUUACAUUCUAUUAUAGGGAGGGGGUAUGAUAUUAUUAUAGCGAUGGGGUAUUACAUUCUAUUAUUAUAGGGAGGGGUUAUUGUAUUCUAUUAUUAUAGGGAGGGGAGUAUUACAUUAUUAUAGGCAGGGGGUAUGAAAUUAUAGGGAGGGGGUAUUACAUUCUAUUAUUAUAGGGAGGGGGUAUUAUAUUCUACAUAUAGGAGGGCAUUACAUCUCUAUUAUACAUAGGAGUGGGGUAUUACAUUCUAUUAUAUUAUAGGGAGGGGGUUUAAUAUUCUAUUAUUAUAGGGUGGGGGUAUGAUAUUCUAUUAUUUUAUUGAGGGGGUAUUAUAUUAUUAUAGGGAGGGUGCAUUUUAUUGUAUUAUAGGGAGGGGGUAUUGUAUUAUUAUCGAGUGAGGUAUGAUAUUAUACGGAGGGGGUAUUAUAUUCUAGUAUUAUAGGGAGGGGGAAUUAUAUUAUUAUAGGGAGGAGGUAUUCUAUUAUUAUAGGGAGAGGGUAUGAUAUUAUUAUAGGGAGGGGAUAUUAUAUUGUAGUAUUAUAUUAUUAUAGAAAGGGGGUGUUAUAUUCUGUUAUUAUUGGGAGGAGGUAUUCUAUUAUUAUAGGGAGGGGGUAAUAUAUUAUUUUAUUAUAGGAAGGCGGUAUUAUAUUCUAUUGUUAUAGGGAGGGGGGUUGUUUUAUUAUUGGGGCCAUUUAUUAUUAUAGUUAGGCUGAUAUUAUAUUAUUAUGGAGAGAGGGUAUUCUAUUAUUUUAGGGAAGGGGUAAUAUUAUUAUUAUUAUAGGUAGGGGAAUUAUAUUAUUAUAGGGAGGGGGUAUUCCAUUAUUUUAGGGAAGGGGUAAUAUUAUUAUUAUAGGUAGGGGUAUUAUAUUAUUAUAGGGAGGGGGUAUUCUAUUACUAUAGGGAGAUGUAUUAUAUGGUGGGGGUAUUCUAUUAUUUUAAGGUAGGGGUAUUAUAUUAUUAUAGGAAUGGGAUAUUAUAUUAUUAUAGGGAAGGGGUAUAUUAUUAUAUUACAAUAGGGGGGGGCAUUAUAUUAUAGGGAGGGGUUAUUCUGUUAUUAUAGGGAGGAGGUAUUUUAUUAUUAUAGGGAGGUAUAUUAUUAUAGGGAGAGGGGUAUUCUGUUAUUAUAGAGAGGUGGGUAUUCUAUUAUUAUAGGGUGGGGGCUAUUAUAUAAUUAUAGAGAGUGAAUAUUAUAGGGAGGGGUAUUAUAUUAUUAAAGGGGAGGGUAUUCUAUCUUCAUAGGAAGUGGUGGUAUAAUAUUCUAUUGUUAUAGGGAGGGGGUGUUAUACUCUAUUAUUAUAUCUAUAUAAGGAGUGGUAUAUUCUAUUACUAUAGGGAGGGGGAAUUAUAUUAUAAUUAAAGGGGAGGGGGUAUUAUAUUGUUAUAGGGAGGGGGUAUUAUAUUAUUAUUAUAGGGAGGGGCUAUAAUAUUCUAAUAUUAUAGGGGUGGGUAUUUUAUUCUCUUAUUAUAUGGAGGAGGUAUUCUGUCCUAUUAUAUGGAAGGGGUAUUUUAUUCUAUUAUUAUAAGGAAGAGGUAUUCUGUUAUUAUAGGGAAAAGGUAUUUUAUCCUAUUAUUAUAGGGAGGUGGUAUUCUAUUAAUAUAGGGAAGAGGUAUUAUAUCCUAUUAUUAUAGGGAGGGAGCAUUCUAUUAUUAUUACUAUAGGGGAUAUAUUCUAGUCUUUUAUUACAGGGAGUGGCUAUUAUAAUAUAUCAGUAUAGGGAGGAGUAUUAUGUUAUUAUAUGUUAUUGUAUUCUAUUGUUAUUAUGGGGAGGGGCUAUUGUGUUUUGAUAGGGAAUGUUUUUUUUUAUUAUUCUUAUUAUCGGUAGCUAUAUUAUAGUCUAUUAUUAUUAUAGGGACGGGUAUUAUAUUGUAUUAUUAUUAUUCCAAGUAGUAGGGAUAUUAUUAUUAUUAUUAUUAUAGAGAUGGUAUGUAUAUUCUAUUAUUAUAAUGAGGUGUAUUAUUAUUAUUGGGAUGAGGUAUUGUAUUCUAUUAUUAUAGGGAUAGUAUUUUAAAUUAUUAUAGGGAGGGUUAAUAUUAUUAGGGUGGGGAGGGUUAUAUUAUUAUUAUUAUUAUAGGGAGGUUAUUACUUUCUAUUGUAUUAUUAUUAUUAUAGAGAGUAGUGGUAUAUUAUUAUAGGGAGGAUAUGUUAUAAAAGAAAAGAGGGACAUUAGGAUAGAAAAGAGGGACAGAGAAAUUUGGGCCUUCAACAGAGACACUUGGGAAGUAUGUUACCCAGUGACUGGACGCCCCCUGGCAGGCUUUCAGCGUUUGCCAGACUGCUAGCCCCCUCCCUCUGAUCUGGUAGACUGCCUCAUGGAGGUUACUGUCAGUCAGACAUCGGCUUUAGCUCUAACAAAACAACCGUUUGGGACCAAUUGAAGGGAUUUACUGGCACCAAGGGCAUCGCUGCAGAUCUUGUCCUGGGUGCAAUGGGGGGCAGGAUAUUGAUACAAUCUAUAGUAUGGGAAUUGGCAUUAUCAAUACAUUGUAUGCAGGAAUGAUAUUCCACACUAUCUCUCUACUACACAUAUUGGUGCUGCUCACUGUCUGUUGACUGCUUUAGGCGUGUCGGAUAUUUGCAAGACAAAUAGCGUGUUCUAUAAAGUAAUCACCUUCACAUGUGAGUCAUGUAUGACAAUGGCUGCCUGUGUGUGAUAAAACGACACUUUCAGUUCACUUCCCUGAGGGUGUCAGGUCACGCACACAUAUAGAUAUGAGUUAGAGCAGGGUUAAAUGCAUAGAUGGAUUUUUGUAUUGUGUACAGAGAAAAAUAUUGUCUUGCUCAUAAUGCUUUUUAUCUUAUUUUUUUUUUAUAAAAAUAUAUUCCCAUUGUGGCAUCAUAUUCUCAAUGAGAGCCUGUGAUCAAGUACUACAUAUUCCCCCACCGCAGCAGCUCCCCCUCCCCCGGGCUGGUGCUGGUGUAGCUGCUGGGGUCUGUUUGUACAGUGCUUUUGAAAGCAGACGUUGAUUUAAACUAGCGUUAUGGAUGAUGUGACAGGGAACACAGAGUAUUUCACUACUUCUCAGCAGAGGAUAGAGGUUUUUACAACUACAAAAUAUUGUAUCGCCAGGAUGCAGGAUAAUGGGCGUGUUGUAAAUCCUUAAACCCUCGAUUGUAUGUUAUGCUUUAAUAAGACGAUUUCCUCUGAUGGGACAGUUCUAAUAAAAUGAAUUACGAUGUCAGUGUUUUCUCUUUUCUAUUAAACUCCCUGCCUCAGUGUUAAUGUACAGAUCCCCCCCCCCCAUUAUCUCUUGGCGGUCUCGGCUGUAUAUCUCGGCCUAGCUGGCAAUGUGCAGCAGCUUAAGUGCACUUUAUUCAAAGUAAAGCUUGGAGAGGAAUCCGGAAACAUACACCCCCCGGGGGAGUUUUGGUGCAGUUGCCCUUUUAAAUUCCCCUUACAAAUGUCAAUCUAUAUUUCAUCUUUAAAACUGUAUAUUUCACUUUUAAAGUGAACCUCCCAUCACUAAAUACAUGGUUCUUUUUCAGGUAGGUACACAUUUCAUCUCUCUAUAUUGUGCCGGCAAUAUCAUUAUCAAAUGUAGCACUCAGUGUGCAGAUAUAUCACUCCCUCCUCCAGUAAGAUGGUGCCUGGGAUUCCAUACUUCCUAGAGUUUUAUUAUUAUAUUAUUUGAUCUCACUGUGCACACUCCUUGUAACGGCACCCCCAGGCAUAAAAGGGGUUAAACAGCCGUUUAGAGGAUAUUCCCCUUCCGGAUACACAGGCACAGCUACCAAAGACACCAAUCCACCGAACCGGAGAAGCAUACGAAUGCUCUCAAACAUACGAAUGCUGUAAACAGUCAAAUAGGAAAAAACAAAUGAAAGGUUUACACUCCUAGCAGUCGAACUGGAACAGCAUACAAUAAAUCCCCCCAAGAACGAGACAAGGCUCCGUGUUGAGGGUCAAACCAGGAACAGACAGAGCUGUGGGUUUAUUGUUCUUAUAUACACAUUCUUACACAUUAGUACCACCCACAGGGUUUUGGAAAACAACCAACACAUACAAUACACUCAGACACUCCCACACAAAAUCAUCCCCUCUGCCUGUGAUACAAUUACCUUACAGAAUGGGUAAUGUAAUUAUCACAGGCAGAGAAAUAAAGUUUUUUCACAUUAUUCAUAAUUUUAAAAGUAUGCAUCACAUUCACAUAAAACUUACAUUCAGAAUCAGCAUACUCCAAAUACAAACAUACGUCAAAAUCAUACAAAUUGGUCCAGUGGUUAAAAAGAUAGAUCGUAGUCCUUUGUGAUCAAAUGAAGCAUGGCUUUUCUGCCUAAAACCAGUUCCACAGAGUCUUCUAUCCUGGAGAUAAUUGGGAAGUAAUCCAAUUAUCUCCAAGGACAGAGGCAAAACUCCAUUGAACACAUGGCAGCAAAAGACAAUAAAAUACAUAAAAAUAUAUAACUGUGCAGCCAUUGCAUAAAACAGGUACAUUCAACAUAUCCCCAGAUAGCUCAGAUCUGAGCGCACAUUAUUACUGAAUGGCGCUCAGAUAACACACAUACAGUUCAAUUGCCAUGGAGCCAAAGUCUUUCCCAUAGUCUUUCAUUAUACGAAUGGGCUCCAUGGCAUAGCUAUCUGGGGUAUCACCGCUCAAACAGGGCAAGCACCGAAUGACCCGGCUUUCGUGUCUUUGCAGGGGAAAAUCAAGCGUUUCAACAUGGGGCCAUAGUCUAAAGGCAGCAGGUGGGCAACCAGGCUCCUCCAAUGCACAGUGGCCAGAUUGGUCUCGUCACACUCCUAUACAGUAAACCUUUACACAUCACUCAUACACACCAAUCUCACUGUGCACUCCUAAACACUCCUACACAUCAAUCUCACUGUGCACUCAUACACAUCAAUUUCACUGUGCACUCCUACACAUCACUCUCACCGUGCACUCCUACACAUCACUCUCACCGUGCACUCCUACACAUCACUCUCACUGUGCACUCCUAUACACUCUUACACAUCACUCUCACUGUGCACACUCCUAUACACUCCUACACAUCACUCUCAUCGUGACCACUCCUACACAUCAAUCUCACCGUGCACACUCCUUUACAUUCCUACACAUCAAUCUCACUGUGCACUCCUAUACACUCCUACACAUCAAUCUCACUGUGCACUUCUAUACACUCCUACACAUCAAUCUCACCGUGCACACUCCUAUACACAUAAAUCUCACUGUGCACUCCUAUACACUCCUACACAUCAAUCUCACCGUGCACUCCUACACAUCACUCUCACCGAGCACACUCCUAUACACAUCAUUCUCACUGUGCACACUCCUAUACACUCCUACACAUCAAUCUCACUCUGCACACUCUUAUACACUCCUACACUUCAAUCUAACCGUGCACUCCUAUAUACAUCAUUCUCACUGUGCACACUCCUAUACACUCCUACACAUCAUUCUCACCGUGCACACGCCUAUACACUCCUACACAUCAAUCUCACGUGCACUCCUAUACACUGCUACACAUCACUCUCACUGUGCACUCCUAUACACUCCUACACAUCACUCUCACCAUGCACACUCCUUUACACUCCUACACAUCAAUCUCACUGUGCACUCUCAUUUAAAGGUGGAGAAUGUGUUGUUUUUGUAAACAUUUCUGUACAUCCUGUAAAUAAUAUUUCUUGUUCUUUGUCUUUGCACAGACCUAUUUUUGCCAAACUGACCUCACGCUGCAUGUGGAUCAUCACCACUGUAACCUAAGCUGAAAGUUUCUUCUCGGAUGCCUUUUUCAGCAUUUCAUUUGAAAUGCUCCAUCAUAAAAAUUUAGAAAGCUCAUUCAAUUCUAAGCAGGAGCUUCUCUAUCUGAACACGCCUUCUCACAGCCCAAGUGAAUAUGAUCUCAGCAGUCCUUCUCCUGACCCUCGAGACCAAGGGAGGACAUUGUUCUCCAGGGGUGCUUUCCAUUUAAAUGAUGACAUUUCCCCGGGUUCCUUUACUGAACCCCUGUACGAUGAGACCAAGAAUCUGUAUGAAAGCGGUGACCCCUGUGAGAUUAAAUUUGUGCCCUCGGACGAUGAAAACCAGUGUGGCUGGGGGGGCUUUACUCCAUCAUUCCUCCAGAUAUUUAACAACUCCCGAGGCGUGCUGUUCUUUCUGUGCAUGGCGUCCUUUCUGCAAGGAAUGGUGGUAAAUGGCUUUAUUAACACUGUGAUCACCUCAAUAGAACGGAGGUUUGACCUUCAUAGCUACCAGAGUGGACUGAUUGCAAGCUCCUACGAUAUAGCCGCCUGCGUGUGUUUGACGUUUGUUAGCUAUUUUGGUGGGAAUGGGCACAAACCUCGCUGGCUAGGUUGGGGUGUCCUGAUUAUGGGAAUUGGAUCGCUAGUAUUUGCACUUCCUCAUUUUACCUCCAGCGUGUACAAAGUUGACCUAUCAGAUGAUAUCGGAGGGUGUAGUUCAAACCAAACACAGCAGGUCGCAGAAAGUGCUUCUAGUCUGUCCCAUUACAGAUAUGUUUUCAUGUUGGGCCAGUUUCUCCAUGGCAUUGGUGCCACCCCCCUCUACACCCUCGGAGUCACCUACUUAGAUGAAAACGUCAAAUCCAGCUACUCCCCUGUGUACAUUGGUACGUAAAGGACACUUUCUGUCUCUUGCUCUACAAACAGCCCAUGUGGUUUUACUUAUUUUUAUGUUUGUAUUUGGGAUUUGGGUCAUUCCAUGACAAAUAUACAAAUGCAGGUUGCCUCACAGUUUUUGAUUAUUCUGUUUUUAGAAUUUUUUUAAAAUAAUUUUUUAUUCUCCUGAAAUGUAGACAAUUACAUUCUGUAAGGCUGACCUAGAAUGAGGCCAGUUUGGGGCAUUUUUGGAUUGGCCAGUACUUAUUUUUUCUUUAAGAGCUAUAAAGCUCAGUAUUGUGUUGCCUGAUCUUGUUAAGGGUAUAAAUAAUUUCUGUGAUUUGUUGAGCCUUUAUGACUAAACAAAACCUAAUUUUCUACAUGUUUUGACCUUCGAGGUUGAAUUAUAAAAUGCUGGUAACAAUUUGAUUUUAUUUUUUUUCCCAGAGUACCCUCCAAAUGGCAGCUUGUUACACUCAGUACUUGAACGUUAAAAAAAAAUGUGAAGAAUAUGGUGUUUCAGGGCCAAAAAUGUCAAUCUGGGACCAAAUCUAAAAUGUGCUAAAACUGUAGGUUUACAAUAUGGUGGCAAUGUGAUGGAAAGUUUCCAAAUGACGUGUCUACACAAUUAACCAUUACAGGCUAUGAAAAUUAGUUGUAGAUAAGUCAUUCGGAAAGAUUUUCUAACAGUAUUGAAUAAUUUGAAAAGCAUAAUGUAACAAGAUUUUGCUGACUUCAAAUGGAAUGAUCGUUUUUGUAAUUUUGUGUGUUUUAACCCCUUAAGGACACAUGACAUGUGUGACAUGUCAUGAUUCCCUUUUAUUCUGGAAGUUUGGUCCUUAAGGGGUUAAACUCAUAAAAAUACCUGAACCUAUUUCCAAGAACAAACUCGUUACGUGGUGGCCAGAAGUGUACUCAGCUCUAGUCCCUUCAAACGUAUAGCCAUGCACCUGUCUUUCUCUGUAUAUAUUUCUUGAACUAGUGCAGGACUCGAUGAGGGCAUGGGAUGGAUUUCCUCCCCCCCACCCCCGCCCAUGGUAUUGUUGCAGGUAGGUUACUUUGUAUUAUGAGAGAUACCUUUAAACCUGCCGCCUAGUAACAGAAUGUGCAGUCAGUUCGUUCUGAAAGUCUGAUGACAGAUUAAUCUAGUUGUGAAUGUAAACCUGUACAUUGCAGCCAGGAGCGAUAGCAGAAGCUGAAUCACUGUCGCGUGAAUAUGGAAAGAUAGCAGGUGUACUGUCCAGGGUCACGUCCAGAGUACAGGGAUCAAAGGCACACACUGUGUUUAGCACUUAGUCAUAGGCUACAGAUAGCAAAACAUGCACAACAAACCUUAUAAGGGAAAUAUUCUACAUUGUGUGAAAGUGAUACAGAUUGUGAGUAAAUCCAAUAAGCAGGGCUGCUCCUUUGGGACCCCUUGUUCAUGAAUUUGUUCAUUUAAUUCCGGCAGUGUAUGAAUACUAUGUAUUGCAGGGCAACACUUCUCACGUGCAUCACAUUAUGAUGCCCGAAUAUGGUAGAUUACACUGUGAAUGUUUUAGCUACUGUGAGCACAGAUUCUGGGGUGUUGGUGGGGGCAGUCAAAUAAUUACACCUUCCUUGUGAUUGCUGCUCCCCUAGUACCCCAUGCCAAAAUGCGAACUGUCCACCAUGACACAGACCACGAUUCACAUCGUGUGAUGAACCUUAUUCACACGUCUUCACAGCUUCUAUGCUUCACAUAUCUCUUGCUUCCCUAAUUGCAGGUAAAAUCUUUUUUUGUUCUAGGAUACUAGAAGCACCACAGGUUGUGGUGAGUUGGAAUAUAUUUCCAAACCUGCUAUUUUUGCCCCAGCUUUUUUAUUCAGAUUUAAUUUGUAAAAUUUCCAAGUUUAAUGAAUAAACCUGUAAAUUUUCAUGAGAUAGAUCAGAAAUCAAAACAACCAGAAAUUAACAUUUUGCAAAACAUCUUGGACGGUAAAGUAGGGGUUUAGACCUCCUUACACCAUAACCUUAUAGCUGCAAUUAUAAUACACUGUGUGCGGGGAGACAGGGGACCUUCUUACACCAUAACCUUAUAGCUGCAGUUAUAAUACACUGUGUGCGGGGAGACAGGGAACCUCCUUACACCAUAACCUUAUAGCUGCAGUUAUAAUACACUGUGUGAGGGGAGACAGGGUACCUCCUUACACCAUAACCUUAUAGCUGCAGUUAUAAUACACUGUGUGCAGGGAGACAGGGGACCUCCUUACACCAUGAACUUAUAGCUGCAGUUAUAAUACACUGUGUGCGGGGAGACAGGGGACCUCCUUACACCAUAACCUUAUAGCUGCAGUUAUAAUACACUGUGUGCGGGAAGACAGGGGACCUCCUUACACCAUAACCUUAUAGCUGCAGUUAUAAUACACUGUGUGCGGGGAGACAGGGGACCUCCUUACACCAUAACCUUAUAGCUGCAGUUAUAAUACACUGUGUGCGGGGAGACAGGGGACCUCCUUACACCAUAACCUUAUAGCUGUAGUUAUAAUACACUGUGUGCGGGGAGACAGGGGACCUCCUUACACCAUAACCUUAUAGCUGCAGUUAUAAUACACUGUGUGCGGGGAGACAGGGGACCUCCUUACACCAUAACCUUAUAGCUGCAGUUAUAAUACACUGUGUGCGGGGAGACAGGGGACCUCCUUAUACCAUAACCUUAUAGCUGCAGUUAUAAUACACUGUGUGCGGGGAGACAGGGGACCUCCUUACACCAUAACCUUAUAGCUGCAGUUAUAAUACACUGUGUGCGGGGAGACAGGGGACCUCCUUACACCAUAACCUUAUAGCUGCAGUUAUAAUACACUGUGUGCGGGGAGACAGGGGACCUCCUUACACCAUAACCUUAUAGCUGCAGUUAUAAUACACUGUGUGCGGGGAGACAGGGACCUCCUUACACCAUAACCUUAUAGCUGCAGUUAUAAUACACUGUGUGUGGGGAGACAGGGGACCUCCUUACACCAUAACCUUAUAGCUGCAGUUAUAAUACACUGUGUGCGGGGAGACAGGGGACCUCCUUACACCAUAACCUUAUAGCUGCAGUUAUAAUACACUGUGCGGGGAGACAGGGGACCUCCUUACACCAUAACCUUAUAGCUGCAGUUAUAAUACACUGUGCGGGGAGACAGGGGACCUCGUUACACCAUAACCUUAUAGCUGCAGUUAUAAUACACUGUGUGUGGGGAGACAGGGGACCUCCUUAUACCAUAACCUUAUAGCUGCAGUUAUAAUACACUGUGUGCGGGGAGACAGGGGACCUUCUUACACCAUAACCUUAUAGCUGCAGUUAUAAUACACUGUGUGCGGGGAGACAGGGGACCUCCUUACACCAUAACCUUAUAGCUGCAGUUAUAAUACACUGUGUGCGGGGAGACAGGGGACCUCCUUACACCAUAACCUUAUAGCUGCAGUUAUAAUACACUGUGUGUGGGGAGACAGGGACCUCUGUACACCAUAACCUUAUAGCUGCAGUUAUAAUACACUGUGUGCGGGGAGACAGGGGACCUCCUUACACCAUAACCUUAUAGCUGCAGUUAUAAUACGCUGUGUGCUGGGAGACAGGGGACCUCCUUACACCAUAACCUUAUAGUUGCAGUUAUAAUACACUGUGUGCGGGUAGACAGGGGACCUCCUUACACCAUAACCUUAUAGCUGAAGUUAUAAUACACUGUGUGCAGGGAGACAGGGGCCCUCCUUACACCAUAACCUUAUAGCUGCAGUUAUAAUACACUGUGUGCUGGGAGACAGGGGUCCUCCUUACACCAUAACCUUAUAGCUGCAGUUAUAAUACACUGUGUGCGGGGAGACAGGGGACCUCCUUACACCAUAACCUUAUAGCUGCAGUUAUAAUACACCGUGUGCGGGGAGACAGGGGACCUCCUUACACCAUAACCUUAUAGCUGCAGUUAUAAUACACUGUGUGCGGGGAGACAGGGGACCUCCUUACACCAUAACCUUAUAGCUGCAGUUAUAAUACACUGUGUGCGGGAGACAGGGGACCUCCUUACACCAUAACCUUAUAGCUGCAGUUAUAAUACACUGUGUGCGGGAGACAGGGGACCUCCUUACACCAUAACCUUAUAGCUGCAGUUAUAAUACACUGUGUGCGUGAGACAGGGGACCUCCUUACACCAUAACCUUAUAGCUGAAGUUAUAAUACACUGCGUGGGGAGACAGGGAUCCUCCUUACACCAUAACCUUAUAGCUGCAGUUAUAAAACACUGUGUACAGGGAGACAGGGGACCUCCUUACACCAUAACCUUAUAGCUGCAGUUAUAAUACACUGUGUGCGGGGAGACAGGGGACCUCCUUACACCAUAACCUUAUAGCUGCAGUUAUAAUACACUGUGUGCGAGACAGGGGCAGGGGACCUUCUUACACCAUAAUUUUGUUGCUGCAGACGGUAGGGAAUCUCCCAAUCUAUGCAAUAAACAUUUGUUGUUCUGAUGUUUUGUAUACCUUUUAUGUUUUAGACUAACUACCAUAUGUAGAAUAGUAGCUCACUAACCGUCAUGGGACUGAGCUGGUGCUUUUGGCAAGUUCCAUUUUCAUGGACGUCAGUCAGGUGUCAAAUAAAGCAAAUUAGGGAGGGAGAAAGAGAGGUAGGGAUGAAGGGGGGGAAAGAGGUAGGGAGAAAUGGACUGAUCGAUGGAUGGGCGGAUAUAGAGAUGUAUGGAAGAAGGAAGGAGAGGCAAGGAGAGAUGGAUCGAUGGCAGGAUGGAGGUAGAGUAGGAUGAAGAGAUUUACGAAUGUAAGGAAGGAGGGAGAGAUGGAGCGACUGAUGGUAGGAUGGAUGGUUGGAGGGAGGGAUGGAUGGGCGGAUGAAGAGAUGUAUGGAAGGAUGGAGAGAGGCCAGGAGGGAGGGACCGAUCAAUGGUUGGAUAAAGGGAGUGAAGGAUGGAUGGGCAGAUGGAGGGAUGGAUGGUUGGAUGAAGAGAUGGAUUAAUGUAUGGAAGGAGGGAGAGACGGAGCAAUCAAUGGUAGGAUGGAGGUUAGAUAAAGGGAGUGGAGGAUGGAUGGUUGGAUGAAGAGAUGGAUUAAUGUAUGGAAGGAGGGAGAGAUGGAGCAAUCAAUGGUAGGAUGGAGGUUGGAUAAAGGGAGUGGAGGAUGGAUGGUUGGAUGAAGAGAUGGAUGAAUGUAUAGAAGGAGGGAGAGAGGUAGAGUGAUAUGGAUUGAUGGUAGGAUGGAGUGAGGGAGGGAUGGAUGGUUGGAUGAAGAGAUGUAUGGAAGGAGGGAGAGAGGCAGGGAGAGAUGGAUUGAUGGUAGGAUGGAGGUAGAGAUGGAUAAAUGUAUGUAUGGAAGGAGGGAGAGAGGCAGGGAGAGAUGGUUGGAUAAAGGGAGUGAAGGAUGGAUGGGCAGAUGGAGGGAUGGAUGGUUGGAUGAAGAGAUGGAUUAAUAUAUGGAAGGAGGGAGAGAGGCAGGGAGAGAUGGAGCGAUCGAUGGUAGGAUGGAUGGUUGGAUAAAGGGAGUGAAGGAUGGAUGGUUGGAUGAAGAGAUGGAUGAAUGUAUAAAAGGAGGGAGAGAGGCAGGGUGAUAUGGGUCGAUGGUAGGAUGGAGGGAGGGAUGGAUGGUUGGAUGAAGAGAUGUAUGGAAGGAGGGAGAGAUGGAUUGAUGGUAGGAUGGAGGGAGAGAUGGAUAAAUGUAUCAAUGGAUGAAGAGAUGUAUGGAAGGAGGGAGAGAUGGAGCCAUCGAUGGUUGGAUAAAGGGAGUGAAGGAUGGAUGGGCAGAUGGAGGGAUGGAUGGUUGGAUGAAUGUAUGGAAGAAGGGAGAGAGGCAAGGAGGGAAGGCCCGAUCGAUGGUAGGAUGGAGGGAUGGAUGGUUGGAUGAAUGUAUGGAGAGACAGAGAGGCAGGGAGAGAUGGAUCGAUGGUAGGAUGGAGGUGGAGAUGGAUAAAUGUAUCAAUGGAUGAAGAGAUGUAUGGAAGGAGGGAGAGAUGGAGAGAUCGAUGGUAGGAUGGAUGGUUGGAUAAAGGGAGUGAAGGAUGGAUGGGCAGGUGGAUGGUCGGACGAAUGUAUGGAAGGACAGAGAGGCAGGGAGAGAUGGAUCGAUGGUAGGAUGGAGGUAGAGAUGGAUAAAUGUAUCAGUGGAUGAAGAGAUGUAUGGAAAGAGGGAGAGAUCAAUAGAUGGUUGGAUAAAUGGAGUGAAGGAUGGAUGGGCAGAUGAAUGUACGGAAGGACAGAGAGGCAGGGAGAGAUGGAUCGAUGGUAGGAUGGAGGUAGAGAUGGAUGAAUGUAUCAAUGGAUGAAGGGAUGGAGUGCUGAAAGUAUGUAUGUGCAGAGGGAUGGACUAUAAGGUCUACAUGUGAACUGUCUGUCCAUUAAAGCCUGGGCAGCAUGCAGUGACGACAGGAAUGGGCUGGGUUGGCAUAUUAUUGGGGUCAGUCAUACACUUAUAACACACUGGCGAUUUAGAGCUAAUACUCUGUAUGUACGAUUUACAGGGAAAUUAUUGGUAUUUUCUUCCUUUACCCUCUACGUGCAUAAGGCAGCCUUAGACAUAAAGUGUGACUGCAGCUUUCUCCCAGAAUGCUGUGCAACAUUCCCACAAUGCGCCUGCAUGCUGACAUUGUGGAAGAGGAAGGGUGGCCAUACAUUUUAACAUGUAAAACAUAGCGUAAUUAGGGAUAUCUGGUCAAGAAGUGCUGUCAUCCUGUCUCAUUCUGUUAUAUGCAUUUUCACACCAUGUUCUUUCAAUCAUUUGACUUAUGUUUCCCAUGCUACCUAUCUAUGUUUCACCUUUAUCUCUUCAUUAUUCCAGGUCACAUGACCUUUUCUGAGGUUUAUCUGGUUUUUAAGAGGGGUGCAGUUAGAUAUUGGUUAUUGAUUGAAAUCAUAUUGCAGUGUGUCUGUCUGUUACUUCAUUGUUGCUGUAUUUUCCUGUUUAGGUAUAUUUUAUACGGCUGCAAUAGUUGGGCCUGCGGUGGGUUAUCUGCUCGGUGGAUUUUUCCUAAAUAUAUACACGGAAAUCAGCAAUCCGUAAGUUAUUCAUUAUCUAUAUCAGAAAAGCAUCCAUAUUAACUCUUAUUGGCCCUAUCCAGGAUUCACACACCCUGCAUUCACUUUCAACACGUAUAAAACGUGACCAUUUAAUUAUAGUACAUCCCACCAGUUUUAGCAAAAAUUUCAAUUUCAGAAAAACACUACAUAAUUCAAAGUGGCCGAAAAAUUCCACUGUUUUUCCGUUGAAAAUAAUGUCAGAAAAAUAAAUAAUUCCAUUGUGUCGGCAAAAAUAUUAUGAAUAUUCAAAAAUGAUGGCUAGGAUAAAGCUCAAUGCAUCAUCAUAGUUUAUUGUAGUGCUUAUAAUACACUGAGCUGUAAUAAUCUAAUAAUCUGUAAUGAUACAAUAAGAUGUAAUAAUACACUGAGCUGUAAUAAUUCACUGAGCUCUAAUAAUCUGUAAUGAUAAAAUAAGCUGUAAUAAUACUGUAAUAAUACACUGAGCAGUAAUAAUACACUGAGCAGUAAUAACUCAAUAAACUGCAAUAAUACACAGAGCUGUAAUAACAUAAUAAGCUGUAAUAAUACACUAAGCUGUAAUAACUCAAUAAACUGCAAUAAUACACAGAGCUGUAAUAAUAUAAUGAGCUGUAAUAAUACACUGAGCAGUAAUAACAUAAUAAGCUGUAAUAAUACACUAAGCUGUAAUAACUCAAUAAACUGCAAUAAUACACAGAGCUGUAAUAAUAUAAUGAGCUGUAAUAAUACACUGAGCAGUAAUAACAUAAUAAGCUGUAAUAAUACACUAAGCUGUAAUAACUCAAUAAACUGCAAUAAUACACAGAGCUGUAAUAAUACACUGAGCAGUAAUAACACAAUAAGAUGUAAUAAUACACUAAGCUGUAAUAACUCAAUAAACUGAAAUAAUACACUGAGUUGUGAUUAUAUAAGGAGCUGUGAUAAUACACUGAGCUGUAUUAAUAUAAUGAGCUGUAAUAAUACAAUAAGUUUUGAUAAUACACCGAGCUGUGAUAAUACAAUAAGCUAUAAUAACUCCAUAAGCUGCAAUAAUACACUGAGCUGUAAUAAUACAAUAAGCUGUAAUAAUGCACUGGCUGUAAUAAGAUCAGCUGAUUUGCGCCCCCACACUUUGCAGGGCAUGGGGGGGUAAUGCUUUGUUGGUGCCCCUGGACAAUGCCGAAUGUCCAAAUGUGACAAGAGUAAAAAGUCUAUAUAUUGUAUGUAUAUAAAAUAUUCUAUACGUUGUAUGUAUAUAAUAAUCAUGAUGAAUCUGUUGCUGCGAGGAGAAUAAACCAUUAUUCCUGAACACUCUGUCUCGCAGCACUGAACUCACGCCUGAAAAUCCCCUGUGGGUCGGAGCUUGGUGGAUUGGCUUCCUUGGAGCCGGAGCUGCUGCUUUCCUUAUUUCAUUCCCGAUCCUUGCAUUCCCACAGCAGCUGCCAGGUACGUGAGUCAGGGAAUCUGUGUCAACAAGGAGAGAUUAGAGCAAUAAGCGAUUAUUGACAGAUAUUCAUCAGUUCCGCGCAAAGCCUCCAUUAUGAUGUACACUAUUUCUGGUAAUCUACCAUGGACGUUUGCUCGUAGAGGGCCCUCACAACCUCUUGCUCUGUUAAAUCAAAUUUAUAUUGAAUUUACUUGCAUUAUUUUGUGAACGCAUUGUACUGCGCUGCAGCAUAUGUUAGAGCAGUGGUUCCCAACCCAUUCCUCAAGUACCCCCAACCAGUUCAAGAUUUAGGGAUUACCCAGUUGUGUUUUUAGAAGAAAGAAAAAAAACACUUUAGACACAGGGUAAUCCCUAAAUCUGGACUGGUUGGGGGUACUGGAGGACUGGAUUGGGAACCCCUGUGUUAGAGCAUUGGAUUGAAAGAUGGCUCCCAAUACAAUGUGUCAGUGUUUGUAUUAGAUCCCUUUAUUGUGUGUCUGUUACAUAUUGAUAAUGCUGUUUGCAGAUCAGUUACAAUUUAACUUUAAAAUUAUUGCAUUCUGCAAAAUAAAAUAAUGUAAAUUCAUCACACCUGUUCUAAUGCUCGUUUUAUAUAUAUAUAUAUAUAUAUAUAUAUAUAUAUAUACAUUGUUAUUUUGGACAAGCAAUGGGAACCUAAUCAGCAUAGCAGUGUGAUUCGUAUUUUAUUUAGAAUUAAUGAAAUAACAGUCAAAACAUGUUACCAGCAGGUGGAUCCGUGUUUGUCUUCUCUGACUUGAUAAGAUUCCGCUCUUUUAUUCUCCUUGUUAAGUAUUAAGAAAUCUGUAGGUUGUUAACAGGGUGAUGGGAAUAAUUUUAUAUUUGCAUCCAUUUUGUUAGGAUCUCAGCGUUACGUGGUUAUGAGAGUGUCAGAAGCUCAUCAGGUGAAUGGUGGAAGCCAUAAACCAGAUCCUGACUUCGGGAAAACCAUUAAAGAUAUGCCAAAGUAAGUACCUGGCAUAUGCUGUGAGCCCCAUGUUAGAGUGUGGUAUGUCAGCACAGUGUGCUACUUAUAAGGAGAUAAAAUAAGGUAAGUGCUAAUGUGACUCCUUCCAUGGAAAUAGCUGCCUAGUUUUAGAGAACCUUCUUUUCAUCAUUUAGGGGAAACUCUCAAAAAGUGGCUAUUUUUCAAUACAUUGCAUUUUCUUCGCCAUGACCAGCGUCACCAGCCAAUGAUCAUCUUACAGUGAUUAGUCUUUAGAAUCUCCAUUUAAGGUUGUCACAUCAGUGUUUAGAAGACAGGCUCCCUGUAAAUGGCUUUAGUCAGAUUUAUUAUUGCCCAUUAUCCCUGGAAGUUAUUAUCUAGCUGUCUCGUGGCAUACUGUACUGUAAUUGCUGGUUAACGUGUUUGAUAUUUUUCUUUUUUCUUUUUUUUAUUCCAUGAAGCCAGGAUUCUAUGGCUUUUAAAAUGUCAGCGUGAGAUGAAAUCAUUUUUGUGAAUUCUGCUUUCUCCAGGUCUCUCUUCAUGCUGCUCAGGAACCCCACGUUUAUCUUCCUUUGUUUGGCAGGAGCCACUGAAGCCACACUUAUUACAGGGAUGUCAACCUUUGGCCCCAAAUUCCUGGAAUCCCAGUUUAGUCUGAGUGCGUCAGAAGCUGCUACUUUCUUUGGUAAGAAGUGAUUGUGAUGGAUAACGCCCGGUGUAGAGUGCGGCAGUGAGUGGGGCACAGCAGGAUGCCUGAUAUAAAGUGAUCAUGUGUGUUUCACUGCACUAUGCUGAGUGAGACUCAGCUGGCAAGGAUUGGGAAACAAUGCCACUUUCAGAGGUCUAUUCACUUACCAUAGGCCUCCAUAUUCGUGUCUUUGUCUGCCAAUAUUGGCAUUUAGCCUUUCAGUUAGCAUUCGGGUGCCAUUUAGUUAGUGUAGGUCUGCCAUUCACUUAGCGUUCGGCUGCCUGGUCAGUCAGAGUUGGGCUGCCAUUUAGCUAGAGUUCAGUUAGCGUUCUGCUGCCAUUCAAUCAGUAUUGGUCUGCCAGUCAGCGUUCGGCUGCCAUUCAAUCAGCAUUCGGCUGCCAUCCAGUCAGCGUUCGGCUGUUGAUACUCUGAAACUCUAUAUCAUUGCUGCCAUGAGAAACAUCGGAAAUAGCUGGGACCUGUUUGACUGAAUGUUCAUUUAGUUCAGUCAAUAAAGAGUGAAGUAAAAAUGUUAUCAGCCAUAUUAAAUAAAGUCAGAAGAAAUUAGCAGAAUUUUCUACAAUUAAUUCAACACUUAGUGAAUAGACACGAUUUGUGUAUUUUCCUGUAACGAUAUUUAUAAACAAUACAAAGGAAUCUGUCAUCCAAACAAUAAAGGUAACAAAGUCCUCGUUGGUUGAGUAUUUGAUCCAUACAUUGUGUCAUCCAGUUUCCCACCAAUUGUACAGAACAACCUGGAGCAUGCAAGGCAUUGUGGGAUGCCCGCUUUGCACUGUGGGACCUUGUGUCUACACCUAGUGCAGGAGCAGUGACUGCACCUUAUUACUCCAUGCUAUUAGCCGAGAAGGUUCAGGGACAUUUAAUCCACAUAUUGUACUGUUCUAUCAUUCUUCACAGUAAUAUAGCCAAGCGGUAUUAUCUGUACAAUGCCGCCAUAACGUAGGGUUUAGCUCUAGAUAAAUGUAAUGUUGGCUGUGAUGCGUGACUGCCCUGUUGGAAAGGAUUCUAGUAAAGAAUGAGGGCUACUUUACGCAGUAUCAGAGAUGGACAUCUGGCAGGAUUGUUUGCAUAGUAGGGAGUACCGAAUUCCAUGAAAAGUUAAACUUCACUGAUGAGCUGAAUAGGAAGAGAAUUAAAACAGAGGAUGUUAUUCUAGUUCAUUGUGUGCCAACAUUAGCAAGAAACUAUCGACUCAGCCUGAGCUGGAAGCAAUCCUUGUACACUGGCGCCAUCUACUGUCAUAUCACAUAACACACAUAACAGGCAGCUGUCACUGGAAAAUGUAUGGCACAAUCUGCCUAUGCAGCACUAAUAUAAUCUUCUCUACCUUUGAUAUUGAAUACUCCAGUUGCACCUUUACCUUCUCCCUACAAAGAUCUUACAUGACCUGCGUUAUAGUUUCAAUAUCUGACUGUUUCGCUGCUUUCAAUUAUACAUGAUGAACUCAGAAUUGCCUCUGUUCCUAUGGGGAAAAAUUACCUCUGUCUUUUCCUCCAGUUGUGUUUUCAUUGCUGUUACACGUUAUACCCGAUCCUACCCUGCAACAAAUCCACCGCUAUUGUAUGAUAACUUGUACGCCAACCUGAAUCUGAUGAUAUCGGAAUAUUACAGUGUGUGUAGUCCCUUCAGCGUUGGGGAUAUUGAAAGAUUACAUUGUGCGUGCAGUGUCUCCAGUGUUGGGGAUAUUGACAGAUUACAGUGUGCAUGCAGUGCCUCCAGUGUUGGGGAUAUUGACAGAUUACAGUGUGCGUGCAGUGCUUCUAGUGUUGGGGAUAUUGAAAGAUUACAGUUUGUGUGCAGUGCCAGGCAUAUUGAAAGAUUACAGUGUGUGUGCAGUGCCUCCAGUGUUGGGGAUAUUGAAAGAUUAUAGUGUGCAUGCAGUGCCUCCAGUGUUGGGGAUAUUGAAAGAUUACAGUGUAUGUGCAGUGCCUCCAGUGUUGGGGAUAUUGAAAGAUUACAGUUAGCACGUGCAGUGCCUCCAGUGUUGGGGAUAUUGAACAAUUACAGUGUGUGUGCACUGCCUCCAGUGUUGGGGAUAUUGAAAGAUUACAAUUAGCACGUGCAGUGCCUCCAGUGUUGGGGAUAUUGAACGAUUACAGUGUGUGUGCAGUGCCUCCAGUGUUGGGGAUAUUGAAAGAUUACAGUGUGUGUGCAGUGCAUCCAGUGUUGGGGAUAUUGAAAGAUUACAGUGUGUGUGCAGUGCCUCCAGUGUUGGGGAUAUUGAAAGAUUACAGUGUGUGUGCACUGCCUCCAGUGUUGGGGAUAUUGAAAGAUUACAGUUAGCACGUGCAGUGCCUCCAGUGUUGGGGAUAUUGAACGACUACAGUGUGUGUGCAGUGCCUCCAGUGUUGGGGAUAUUGACAGAUUAUAGUUUGUGUGUGCAGUGCCUCCAAUGUUGGGAUAUUGACAGAUUACAGUGUGUGUGUGUGUGUGCAGUGCCUUCAGUAUUGGGGAUAUUGAACGAUUACAGUUUGUGUGUGCACUGCCUCCAGUGUUGGGGAUAUUGAACGAUUACUGUGUGUGUAGUGCCUCCAGUGUUAGGGAUAUUAAAAGAUUACAGUGUGUGUGCAGUGCCUCCAGUGUUGGAGAUAUUGAAAGAUUACAGUUAGCGCGUGCAGUUCUGUCACUGUAUUAAACUCAGUUUACCAUUUCCUUUCCGUUGUGGAAUGGUGGAUGUGGCUAAACGUUUUGUUUUUAUUCUGCCGCAGGUUAUAUGGUGGUCCCUGCAGGAGGAGGUGGUACUUUUCUCGGGGGAUUUAUCGUGAACAAACUGAAACUGCACUGCUCAGGGGUGAUCAAGUUCUGCGUGUUGUGUACUCUGCCCGGCCUGUUGUCCAUCUUCAUAUUGUUAAUCAGCUGCCCUAACAUGCCAGUGGCAGGGGUGACUGUGCCAUAUCACGGAAGGUACACGCUAUAUAUUUAUACAUCGCCUGUGUGUUUUAUGUUUAAAGCACAUUUCUGCGUUUUUAGUUUUUACGUUUAAUGAAUCUUAAUGAUCUUUUUUAAAUUAUGUAUAUCUAUUAUUAUUUUUUUUUAAAUACUUUUUUUUUUUUAAAUCUCACUUUUAAUUAUUAUAUAUAUUAUUAUAAAAUGUCACUUUCUCUCUGGCUGCAUGGCCAUAUCUGGUCAGACACUACUGAUAUCGGACCAGCUGCUGCUCAUCCUAAUAUAUAACUGAUUCUAGCAGUUGGGCACGAUAACCAGCUCCAUUCUUCACUGCAUCUCCACAUGAUGUUUGCUCCCAGAGAUCUGCUGGCAUUUUUAAUUGCGCAAUAAAUUUAUUUUCAUAACAUUUUGACGGUAAUCUGAAGUGAAUUUUGUUAACCACCUACCCACCCUUUUUAAAAUGAAAGUCCAUUUUAAAUGUGAAUAAUAAAGAGGAUUAUUACAUGGUUGAACGUUCUAAUUAAGUGCAUGUGAGUAAAUAGCCAUGAAAAUGUGUUGAAUCGAUUAGUUUGUGUUCCAUACAGUGCGCUGAUAGAACACAGUCUCAAUCUGUCCGUCGCAUGUAAUGCCGACUGCCGCUGUGUGGAAGAGCUGUACAGCCCAGUCUGCGGAGAGGACCAGGUUAUGUAUUACUCGGCGUGCUACGCAGGAUGUUCUGGAACACACACAGAGCUUGCAAGCGGGAGAAAGGUAACCUUGUUUAUUUUUUUUUUUAUUUGAAAUCUUUAUUGAAUGAAUUAUAAAAAUAGAUUUAUUGUAAAACGAAUUAUCGCACUGAGAAGAGUAUGUCUGGAGGACCAGGGGCAUGAAAACUAAUAAAUUUUAAUGAAUAUAAAAAUUAUUAUAUGUUAUUAAGGUUACAGGAUGUUUUGCAUGGAGGUACUUUAACUCCUUGUGUGCCUGGAUCCUCCGUAUACUGAGGAAUGCCUUCAUAAACAUAUAUUUGUACACACACGUAAAUAUAUAAACGUUCAUACACAGCAGAUUAGAACGGAGUAUGACCCAUCAUCAUGGAAUAUCAGUAUGUUGUAUGUUCAGAUUUGCCCUUCUCUCAUUAACAAGCUGACAUAUACCAUUUUUAUUCCCUAUUAGACUGUGAGACCAGUAGAGGAAAUGGUUUAUAGCACCCAGUGGGACCAAUUAUAUAUUCCCUAUUAGACUGUUAGACCCGUGGGGGAAGGGGUAUUUAGCACCCAGUGGGACCAAUUGUAUAUUCUCUAUUAGACUGGUGCAGGGUUUAUACGGGGUAUAUAGCUCCCGGUGGGUCAGUUACUCUCUAUUAUACUGCAAGAUCACUAGGUGAAGGGGUUUAUACCGGUUAUAUAGCUCCUGCUGGGAUCAGUUAUAUAUUCUCUAUUAGACUGGGACUGUACGGGGUAGGGGUUUUUAUGGGUUAAAUGGCUUCCGUUGGGGGUUAGUUAUACUCUAUUAAACUGUUCAGGGAAGGGGUUUAUAUGGGGUAAACAGCACCCGGUGGGAUCAGUCAUUCUCUUAGACUGUGAGAAUGUACAGGGGAGGGGUUUAUAUGGGGUAAAUAGCACCCAGUCAUUAUUCCUAAUCCCAGUUAUUAUUCCAGGUUUACCAGAACUGCAGCUGUGUGGCAUGGAACGUGUCCUCUGUUGGAGGUCAGGCCGUGGCUGGGAAAUGCUCGUCUUCCUGUGAAAAAAUGACUCUACUUCUAGUGUUUAUUUUUUGUGUGAUAUUGUUUACAUUCCUGUGCAGUAUUCCUGCAUUAACAGCAACACUAAGGUAUUUCUACACAUGUAAUGCUGUUCAGUUAAUGUGUGUCUGGUAGUAGUGUAAGGAUGUGUAGUUAAUGUGUGUCUGCUAGUAGUGUAAGGCUUUGUAGUCUGUGUGUGUCUGGUAGCAGUGUAAGGAUUUGCAGUUGGAGUCGAUGGCUGUACGCUGUAGGACGCGCUCUGGCAGGUUCAAUUGCCGACUGCUACCGUGGUCACGUUAACUCUCCCACUACUCGGAGGGAAUUUCGUCCUCUGUACUAGGGCGAGGCUACCAUCUCUUCCCUGAGACCAAUACCUAUCUUUCUUCUGAUCCGACCUUCUUCCCUAACCCACGCACCCCCCCACCCAUUAUCUCUCUCGCUCUCUCUUACGCUCCCCUUCUCAAUACACUCCUUCCAUCUCCCCUUUCUUUUUCCUUCAGACCAUCCCCCCCAACCCCGUUCUAUAGCCCUAUCUGCCGGGAGUCCCAUUAGUUAAAGACUGGUCACAAGACCGCAGGACCCGCCACUCGAGCAGAUUCCGUUGCUGGGGUCCCUCACUUGGCCCCGUUGACCACUGCCGCGGGAGCUGCAGACAUACCAGCAGCUUUGACGAACCGCCAUUUAGCCUCCCACAUGGCAUAUGUACCGGAUCCGUAUCGGGUCCUCACCCUGAACUGCAGGAGAUUGAACAUACCGGAACAUCAAACACAACUGUUGCGGAAUUUACGCGGGCUUUACGUCUUUCCUGCAGGAGACCCCACUUUAAGGAAGGAUCAGCACCACUGCGGAAAAGCAGGCACUACCCCAACGCUGCCUGCAGUAACCAACCCACAGCUCUCCUGGAAGCAAAACUACAAUUUCAAGAAAUAGACAGAAUGGUGGACCCACACGGCAUGUUCCUCUUCUUGAAAGGAGAUGUCCAAGACCGUAGAUACACCUUUGCAACAAUCUACGUACCUAACAAUAAUCAAUACCAAGACGUUCGCCAGCGGCUGAAACUGAAGCCUUGAAACGCCAGUUUCCAUUCCGAUGGUGCACAUCCCACAUGCGAUACCUGGGAACGGUUCUCACCGAUCUGGGAGCAUUAUACCAGGCGAACUUCCUACCCCUCCUCCAAAGUAUACAACAGGACCUGAAGAAAUGGUCUUACCCCUAUAUAUUAUGGUUCGGCAAUUGCAAUACUGAAGAUGAACAUACUACCUAGAAUAUUAUUCCUCUACCAAACAAUUCCUCUUGCCCUACCAACGGCCCUUUUCUCCUCCUUACGCUCCGCUAUGGUCCGCUUUGCAUAGAAUGGAAGCCAGGCUCGACUCCGCCACGACCUACUAUGCCUGCCACAGGCCUAGGAUGGCCUGGCGCUCCAUGAUAUGAGCAAAUAUCACCAUGCGACCGUUCUACAGAGGAUAUUGGAAUGGCAUAACCACCCGACGCACAAACAGUGGAUCGAACUCGACAAAGGUCAUUUGCACCCAUCAGUUCUCCCGGCUGUAUGGAACUCAGGAAAGUCUGCACCAACAACGCUAGAUUCAACUUCUGCAGUGGCUCACACAUUUAAGACCUGGGAUAACAUCAGGGGGCUUCCUAUCUGUCUCCAAAACCAGGCCCACUGAUUCAGAUACAAGCCAAUCCUAAGAUAGGAGGGGGGCUACCACCACAGACCUGGGACCUCCUCGGCGGGAGAGACACUCUCCCUAUGCACAGGAUAUUACUCAGCGCGGGUUUGAAACCCUUACAAGAACUGACAGAAGGUGGUAACAAAACCAACCUAGACAAGGCUGUGUCCCUCCUGAACCAACACGUUGUAGGACAUCUCGAGAAUAAGGACACUUUCCGGCGCUGCUGGGAACGGAUACUUGCCAAAUCAUUCACUGAUGCCCAAUGGGAAAAGAUACUGAUUCUACACUACAAAUGCUCCUCGAGCUCCAAGUACCAGGACGCCAACUUAAAAUUUUUGGCAUUCUGAUACAGGAUACCCGAUAGCCUACACAGAAUUUUCCCAGACAUGCCUUCCCAGACGUGUGUGUUGGAGAUGCGGAGCGGGCCCGGGAAUGAUGACACGUGGUGAACCGAAAAACGGGUUAAAUCCUCGGCGACACAGGAUGCUUUGACAUGGAAACGGCCCUCCUGCACUCCACACCAACCAUCAUUGGGGCCUACAGAAUAUCUAUCCUCCGACUUCUUCUGAAUGCCUCCAAGGCCCUGAUCCCAUUACACUGGAAGCAAGACACGACCCGAGAAACGGAACAAUGGGUAGAAAGGGUAGAGGAGAUAUACAUGGCAGAGUCGGUGCAAGCAUCGCUAAUGUGAACUGAGGAGAGGAGAGAUGGCGGCUGUGGCUGGCUUACGGGGCCGGUGAUGGGUGUGGGGGACACACACCGUCAUAGGGGGGGACCCAGAAACUCAUACCCCGUUAGCGGGACACCUCUGAUAUACCACCACAAUAGAGAACACCCUUAGAGACGGGGAGAUACAGGCAGGUGGACUGGCUCCUGGCCUCCUGCCCUCCUCAAUCUGCUCUCUCCUUCCUUACUUCAGCCUAACCCUCUGUCCUGAACUCUGUACAGCCAUUCACAUGCCCCCCCAUCCAGACAGAUGGGCAUCUAGAGGAGCCUCUCACAGAUACAGCAACCGACGGCUACUCCGCACACUUAAAGGCAUAGAGCACUAACUCUAUAUGAUCUAUACCGUUCCAAUGGGGUCCCUUUAAUGGCCUCUCGGGGGCUGGAAGUUUCCAACAUGCCCACCACUCUAAAUGACAUGGUUGUCUGCUUGUAACCUACUUGCGAGUCCCCUACCAGCACAAAAAUACUGUCACAUUCACUGGUGAUGUCGGGGGGUAAAAAGAUACACCACCAUUCCCUCAUACAUACCUAUUCACAGGAGAUAACAAACUAAGAAGAAUCAACAAACCAAGCAACAGAGUAAGCAGGCCCCAAUUGUAAGUGAAUCACUCUUCCUAGAAAGUACCUGAAACUUAAGGGUCACAUGCCUGUGAUGAUAUAAUGCAAUAACCCUCACAAAGACACUCACACCAGUAAGAUGACCCCACAAUGUAUAUUACAACCGAUAUAUAGCUCCCCCCAUCCUUCUAUUUUACCUAUCCCACCCUAGCCGUUCUACUGUACUUCAAGGUACCAUACACCUCCUCUAACACAAAACCUUUAAAGCUGACUGUUCACAAACUACUGCUUAACUAAGUGACGAUGCCUGAAUUGUGUUAUAUCUUAAUCGCAGAGCCCUGCGAGGCUGUGAUGCAACCGUUUAGUACUGAGACCUGCGCGUCUUACUCAUGAUAUCACACAUAUGGUCAAGAGUCAUGUAUCCACUUGUGGCUUAAUGAAGAGGAAAAGGAAGAGAUAACAAAGUCACUCGACUGUAUUGAGCUUGUUAACACUGUUGUAUGUUUAUAUGAGAGACCUGCGCGUCUCUUGCGUUACUUAUUUACCUUUUUAUCCUGAUGUAAUUGUCUCAAUGGCACAAACAAAGCUUCUUUGAAAUAGAAAUAGGAUUUGCAGUUAGUGUGUGACUGCUAGUAGUGUAUGACUUUGCAGUUAGUGUGUGUCUGGUAGUAGUGUAAGGAUUUGUUGUUAGUGUGUGUCUGGUAGUAGUGUAUAGUUUUGCUGUUAGUGUGUGUCUGGUAGUGUAUAGCUUUGCUGUUAGUGUGUGUCUGGUAGUAGUGUAUGGCUUUGCUAUUAGUGUGUGUCUGGUAGUAAUGUAUGGCUUUGCUGUUAGUGUGUGUCUGGUAGUGUAUAGCUUUGCUGUUAGUGUGUGUCUGGUAGUAGUGUAUGGCUUUGCUAUUAGUGUGUGUCUGGUAGUAAUGUAUGGCUUUGCUGUUAGUGUGUGUCUGGUAGUGUAUAGCUUUGCUGUUAGUGUGUGUCUGGUAGUAGUGUAUGGCUUUGCUAUUAGUGUGUGUCUGGUAGUAAUGUAUGGCUUUGCUGUUAGUGUGUGUCUGGUAGUGUAUAGGCUGUUAGCUAUAGCUAUUAGUGUGUGUCUGGUAGUAGUAUGACUUAGUGCUUUGCAGUGUGUGUCUGGUAGUAGUGUAUGGCUUUGCUAUUAGUGUGUGUCUGUAGUAGUGUAAGGCUUUGCUAGGUAGUGUGUGUCAAGUGUACUUUGCUAUUAGUGUGUGUCCUUUGCACAAUUCAGUUGCAUUGUGUUGCAGGUGUGUGUCUGACAAUCAGCGCUCCUUCGCUCUGGGGAUCCAGUGGAUUGUAGUGCGAACCCUAGGUAAUGGAUCAUGAUGUAUUUGCUGAUGUGACUUAUGUAUUUCCUGCAGAGUUCCCAGAGGCUUUAAAUGUUCAAUCCAAUCUAUCAUGCUGUGUUUACAUGCCUAACAUCGUGGUUUCACUUCUCUCUAACACUCCAACUCCAACACGUACAGACUUAGUCACUGUAGUCCGAAUGGCUGCGUUCAGAAUCAGAAAACCAUUAGCUGCUGGCUAGGACCAUUCGGACUACAAAAUCCAGGAACUGUUCACAAAAACUAACAAUGGCCAGGUUUUGCUGAUCAGGCUUCUAAUGAGCCUAAAUUUGGUCCUGACCAAAAGCUGCUACAGUCUGGAAUUGUUUUGAGCCAAAAUUCUUAAAACUUUAAAACUUCCCAUGGCUCAUGCGAGAUGUGUCACGGGUGGUGGUCCGAAGACCAGGACAACUGUAUGCCUGAUGAUGAUGAUAGGAGUCUCAAUGUGGAAAUGGACAAUCAGGGUCUGCUGCAGGGUAACCACACGCCCCUUGGUGUCAAGCACCAGGGUUUGUGUGGCCACAUAGCCCUGAUGCAGCUUAGCAGAUGCCAGGAGCUUAUAUUAAGCAGAUAAGUAUCCAGUACUAGAAAAUAAGACUAGAAUAGGCACCAAACAAGAUAAGACAAGACUAGGAGAACCCAGGACAGAAAGCAGAACCCAGAACAUGUACACAAUACAAGAGGGAAACAUGGACAGGACAGGACUGUACAUGAACUGGGAAUACAAGACCAAUAAAACAAGACAAGAGACACAAGGCAAAACAAGGAGACAUAACUAAGUACUAUAUAUGCAAUAAACAUUGGAGAUUUAGACAUACAUAAGAUGUAUGCAGCCCACCACUGCGCCAAAGUACUCCAAUUACGGUGGGUCCUCACUGCCUAGAUAUGCAUGACUAAAAGUACAAUAAUAAAACACAGACAGUACUUACCUGCAAAGAAAGGAGCAGGAAAUGAGACUACUGCUUGCAGGAACAGACUGAAACAAAAAGGAUUAAUGGCAAAGGAAUGGGCGUGGCAACAAAAACAAACAUUUAAAGGAAUCCAGGAGAAUUCCAGGAACGGAAUUAAGGAAUGAACCCCGAAUACCCAGCAUAAAGAAAACCAGACAUAGAAUAGAAAAACCAAGAAAAACUAAACAAGAAUUGUAAAAAGAGUACUGGAUACCAGAAGCCAAGGCCAGACAUCUGCGCAGAACGGAACAGGAAUUGACAAGCUGAGACUUGCCUGUCAGAGUAUUCUGAUUGGUUCGUUUACAAGCCAACCAAUCAGUGUUCUGUUGAGAUUUCAAAGUGUCGGAUAAAGGGUUUCUGAAAGGGUUUUCCAUGUGCAAAGAACUUGCAGGGUGCACAUGGAUUUAUUUUUCUUGCGAAACGUUUUUUUGUAUUGUCGUGUUUUUGCAAAUCAGGUUCCGGAAUUAAUGGGUUUUUUUGCUUGGCCUUUUGUGGGGCUGAAUAAAAAAAGAUUUAAGAAGAAAUAAGACAUCUGAUAGUAAGUAUAACUUUUUUAGAGGUUCUUAGAUUUCUUGUGCCAUCAACAUUAUUAGGGGGGUAGGCAAUCAUUUUUUAUUGGUGGAGCUACAUGCUUGUGACAGUGGCCACAGUUUUUUUAGUUGUUUUUUUAGGAAUGGACAAUGGUAUUUCCAACUCCUUCCUCAUAUAUUUUAUUCGUAGCCCACCUGCCAUGCAUGGGUGGGACUGUGGGGAUAUUUGGUCCCCUCCACAUUUUUAAUAUCAAAUUAUUGGCCCCUAACCAUAGGCGAUAAGUAGGGGGAGGAGGCAUUAGGUUCCCACCUGUUUAUUUUAGUUAGUAGCCCCUACCCACCAACUAUGGGUGUGGGCAGAGAAGAGACUAUUAAAUUGUUUUAAAUAUCAUGGCAAUUAAUUGUCCACCCCCAUAAUUUAAUUUAAAGCCCCAACCUGUUCCAGGUCCCCCCCGUUUUCCGGCACCAUGUUAACAAUAACUUGUGAAUGUGUUUCCUUUUGGAUGCAUUUGGUUGCUUUUCAGUUUAAAACCAGUGCUUUUUACAUAUUCUGAAUCAUAAGUUUGUAUCCAGGUUCAAAUGCAAAAAGUACUGAUUUAAAACAGGACACCGAAUGCGUCUGACCGAAUGAUGCAGUGUCACUCAACUCUACCAAAUUCUGACUAAAAUUUGCUUUACUAAAUCUGAGAAUUACAAUUCCGUUCUGAAUUCCGCCAUGUUCAUAGAAUUUUGACCAUUCAGACAAAAUCUGGAAUUUACUGAAUAACCCUGUUAGUCUUUUCAAAUGAUCACUUAGACUGAUCAGUAUUUUUUUUAAUUUUUAAAAUUGUUUUCAGCCCUUCCAUUUCACUCUGUCAUUAUUACACCCUCCCCAUAUUAUUAGCUCUUCUAUUAAAUCAAGGACACAAUGGCACAGCCAGCACUGUUUGUGUAAAACAUUUCUCUUGCAUUACAGCUUUCCAAGGUAGAGCAGUAGCAUUAGAUAUGGCAUAUUGCAUGGCAGACCAAGAGGGAAUAUAUAGCCAGGUAGAUACCCGGUGUGCGGUGCUGUACCCUGCGGCACUGUGUAAUGUGCUAGUUGUCACUUUUCCUAUGUGAUCACUAAUUCACUGUGUGUACAAUCUAAAACAUAGGAUACAAAUGACUCUGCUGUCUCCCAUUCAUACUCACUCGUGAAUUGUCUGUGUUUCCAGGUGGAAUCCCCGGGCCCAUCGCCUUUGGAUCAGUGAUUGAUAUCUCAUGCCUCAUAUGGCAGAACCAAGAUGGCGAACCCGGGUCCUGCUAUAUUUACCAGAAUUCUGCUAUGAGCAGAUACACCCUGACUGCAGGGCUUGUUUACAAGGUAACAAACCCUCCAAAAUAAAAUAUAUAUAUAUAUACACCGGGUCGGACUGGGAAAAAAAUUCGGCCCGGGCAUUUUUCAAUCACAUCGGCCCCCUGAGAAAGAGGCGGGGCCAGAGAGGGUGUGUUUUGUCAUCACUAAUGACAAGCACGCCCCCUCUCAAAGUGAGCAUGUUAGUUCAAUGCGCAGAGCCCUGCUGAAGAGCUCUAGCAUGGGAAAAAGUGUAUUUGUUCUACGCAGCGCAAGCACAUUUAAUAACAUGCUUGCGCUGUGUUUGCUUUUAACUUGUCUCUGGUGUCUCCAUAAGUGGGAUACCAGAGGACAAAAAGGCCAGAAAAGCAUAUGGUGCAUGUGUUUGGAGCCUGCUUGUGGGAUUGCAUGUGUGUUGAGUAAGCUGAUUGUGGUGUGGUAUUGUGUAAAUAGGUCAAUUUAAUUCGUGUUUGUGGUGUAAUAUGUGUGGUUAGGGGCUGUAGCGAGUGUUUAUAGGGGGCAUAGUGUGUAUAGGGGAUGUAGUGAGUGUAGGGGUUGUAGAGAGUGUGUGUUUAGAGAAUGUAGUGUGUGCAUAGGGGAUCCAGAGUUUGUAUGUCAGGAAUGUAGUGUGUGUAGGUGGUGCAGUGUGUGUAGGGGAUCUUGUGUGUAAAGGACCCAGAGUGUGUAUAGGAGAUUGUGUGUGUGUGUGUGUGUGUGUAUAGAGGAUUCAGAGUGUAAAUAGGGUAAGGGAUCUAGCAUGUAUCUGGAGCGUAAUGUGUGUAGUAGUGCUGUAAUAUAUAAUAUUGUAAAGCGCUACGGAAUCUGUUGGCGCUAUAUAAAUGGCAAUAAUAAUAAGAAUAUUAUGCAUGCUGCACUCUUCACACAUACACACUGCGCCCUUCACACAUACAAUACGUCCAAACACAUACAUAUAUUUUUAUAUAUAUAUAUAUAUACACACAUAUAUAUAUAUAUUUGGAAGUAUGUGUGAAGGGUGCAGUGUGUUGUGUGUGCUGUGUGUAUGUGUGAAGGGUGCAGCAUGUGUGUGAGAAAUGCAGUGUGUGUGUAAGAGGGGUGCUGUGUGUGUGAGGGUGUUCUUAUCUACUGUCACAUUCUAUGUUUCAAUUUUUUUUUGUCUGUUAACUUACUGAGGGUUAUUUUAUAUAUUAUACAUAUGUAUGUGUGAUGUGUGUGUGUGUCUGAGGGUGGUGUGUGUGUGUCUGCUGUGUGUUUGUGAGUGUCUGAGGGUGCUGUGUUUGUGUGUGUGUGUGUGUGUGUGUGUCUGAGGGAGCUGUGUGUGUGUGUGUGUGUAUAGCACUUGUUUGUAUAAAUAUGAUUUGAUUUUUUUAUUUUAAAAAAACUAAAAACUCCCCAUUACCUUCUUACCUUUAGCCUAGGAGGGGGUGGGAAGCCGGGUUUCCAUGGGGGGGUGCCGUGGUGCCAUGGAGGGUGCUUCCUUCCCUGGUGGUCCAGUGGUGAGAGUGGACUCGGCAACGCUAAAAACCCGCCAGAGGACCCCGCGGAGCUGCUGGCUAGAGCUCAGCCAGUCCUCUCCUCCCUCCCUCACUCACCAGCUGGCGGCCGCAUCUCAGUGCUUCUGGGCCGCUGAGGGAGAUCUUUGAUCUCCCCGCCGGCCCAUGGAGGCACACAGCAGGGCCGGCGCUCGGAUCCUGUGAUCUCCCCUGCCGGCCUCGGCCCGCGGCCAUCGCGUUUGCCCGGUAUGCCCGAUGGCCAGUCCUGGCCUGAUAUACACAUAAUACACAGGAUCCAGUGCAUUCACAUAUCCACUAAACAGCAACUUUAAUGUUUACAGAUUUUAUUCGUUUUUUUUUUAAAAAACACCUAAUCUAGGCAGGGAGUCUAGCCAACUCAUUGGGUUUGCAUCCAUCACUGUCACAGGUGCCUCAUCCCAGGGCCUAUUUAGCCUUGUAGUGCAGUGAGCCCCAGAUGGAUUGAAGUUGCUGUUUAGUGGAUAAGUAAGUGCGCUGGAUCUUGUGUAUUGUAUGAAUUGGCCCCAAGCAGCACUCCAUUUAUGCAUGUUCAGGUAAGUGCAGCCCCCUGGUUACAUAUAUAUCUUUACAUUAAAUAAAGACAUCAGAACUCUGCAAUAAUAAAGGUUAUUACAGUCUAGUUCUGAUAUUAUGUUUUAUAACAGACUAGAUCUGAUAUUGUGUUAUUUAACAGACUAGUUCUGAUAUUAUGUUUUAUAACAGACUAGAUCUGAUAUUGUUAUAUAACAGACUAGUUCUGAUAUUAUGUUAUAACAGGCUAGUUCUGAUAUUAUGUUAUAACAGGCUAGUUCUGAUAUUAUGUUAUAACAGGCUAGUUCUAAUAUUAUUUUGUUAUCAAUAACUAAUUUAAAAUCGAUUUUGUAUUCUCUGCACAAUAAGUAGCGAGAUGUUUUUGAUGAAUAAUUGUUCACGCAGUGAUCUCUGUGUUAUACUAGAUUUGCAUUGUUCGUAUUAUCCUUCCGUUACUUUAAUGAGAAGCCCUAUUUUAAUACGAGCCGCGUUUCCUAACCAAGCAUGUUCUUUGUGUUACAGGUUCUGGGACUGGUGUUUUUUCUACUUGCGUUGAUGCUUUAUAAACCGCCUCCUGUAUCCCCACCAAGCUGCUUAAACAAAGCAGAGCAUGCUGGGAAUGGCCACUCGAACAGAGAUUCUAGACAAGAAAUCGAGAACGAAAUUCUCACAUCAGAUCCCCAGUCUUGA